UGUUGGGAGACGUUAAGAACAUAUCACUAAAUUCCUUAUCUUGAAUAAAAUGGGGGUAGUACUUUCUUGCCCAUUUGCUGAUUUUGAUGAUUUGGAUAGUCGUUUAGAUAAUGUUCUAGUGAGAUCAAUGAGUUUAGAGGAUAAAGAUAUGAGGACUGCUUUACGUUCUGUCAGUUUCAAUGGUCGUGAUUCAGAACCCGCUACGAUAAGCUUUAGAGGAAGAGAAUUGAAUACCACAUUCUCCUUUAAAUCUCUUACUUCAAAAAUGGAAAAUGAGAUGUUUUAUAGAUCCGUUAGCCCUGAAAGUGGAGAUAAGGUUGACCAAUUAACAAGAUUUGAUAGCUUCUCCGAGAUAAAACGCCAAAUACCAUUGACUGAAUCAGGGAACCAAAGGCUCCAGGCUGCAGUCAAGUUGCAGAAAGUGUACAAAAGUUUCAGAACUAGAAGGCAACUGGCAGAUUGUGCAAUUGUUGUUGAGCAGAAAUGGUGGAAGCUGCUUGAUUUUGCUGAACUCAAGCGAAGCUCUAUAUCUUUCUUUGACAUUGAGAAACCAGAGACUGCUAUUUCACGUUGGUCCAGAGCAAGAACAAGAGCUGCCAAGGUAGGAAAAGGUUUGUCUAAGGAUGCAAAGGCUCGAAAGCUUGCCUUACAGCAUUGGCUCGAGGCAAUUGAUCCUCGGCACCGUUAUGGCCAUAAUCUUCAAUUUUAUUAUGUCAAGUGGCUCCACUGUCAAAGUGAACAACCUUUCUUUUAUUGGCUUGAUAUUGGAGAAGGGAAAGAAGUCAACCUUGAUAGGUGUCCAAGAUCAAAGCUUCAACAACAGUGCAUAAAGUAUCUUGGUCCUACUGAAAGGGAGAUGUACGAGGUAGUAGUGGAGAAUGGGAAGUUUGCCUACAAGCAAAGUGGGAAGAUUGUUGAUACAACAGUGGGACCAAGAGAUGCUAAGUGGAUUUUUGUUCUCAGUACGUCAAAGACAUUAUAUGUGGGUUUAAAGAAGAAAGGAACAUUUCAACAUUCAAGUUUUUUGGCCGGUGGAGCUACGCUAUCUGCUGGAAGAUUAGUUGUGGAAGAUGGUGUUUUGAAGGCAGUCUGGCCUCAUAGUGGACAUUAUCUUCCAACAGAAGAAAACUUUCAGGAGUUCAAGUCCUUUCUCAGGGAACAAAACAUAGACCUCACAGAUGUAAAGGAAAGCCCCCAGGAGGAGGAAGAAGAACCCAUUACCAAAAAGGGCGGCAGGAGUAGUGUUCGGUACAACCAACAAUAUGCAGAUUUAGGUCAAGACACAAAAGUAAUGAACAUUGAAAGCUUGCCUCAGCAAAACAUAUAUUUUCGAGAAAAAGAUUCUAAUGUUGAAGAAAAUACUGAUCUACACUCUACAAAAUUGUCUCCUGAAUUAUGCUCGAAGAUUACUAAACUUGAGAUACCAAAUAGAGAUGACAUGUAUGAAAUUUUCAAAAAGGCUGCAACUGAACCAAGCUGCAAUGCCAAGUCUCCUAAAUCUCCCAUUAACAACGAUGAUGGUUAUGACUCAGCAGAAGAUUCAUUUUUUACUGAGGAAGAUUUCAUGUUUCUUAAGAUGAAUCUUUUUGAUGAAGAUCAAGAAGAAGAAGAUGAAGAAGCCAUUCCGAAAGAAAAAAUCAUGAAAAGGAUAAAUUCGCAUAAAGAAAUGAAGUCAUAUCAGCUGGCUAACCAGUUAUCCUCUAAAUGGACUACAGGGGCAGGGCCACGAAUUGGGUGUAUGAGGGACUAUCCAUCAGAGCUUCAACUCCGGGUCUUAGAGCAUGUAAACUUGUCUCCAAGAUUUAGAAGAGCUAACUCAACUCCUUGGAUGACAUCCCGUUUUAGCCCAAAGGCUUUGACACCAACUUCAGUAUGCAGGGAAACAAUAUUCAGAAGCUCCCUUGCUCCUCCAGGUCAGGUGGUAUUGUCACCCUAGGCUGUUUCAGAUGCAAGAAAGGUUCCUUCAAAUGAUUUAAAUCUUCAUCUGCGAUAGAGAAGGUGACAUAGGAUUUCUUUUUAUAUUUUUCUGCUUUUUUUUGUUUCCAUUGUACAUCCCACUCUGAAAGCCAGCCAGAGGUUCAGUUUUUUUUUUUUAAUAAUUUUUUGUUGUCCCCAAAUUUAUAUAUUCCCUAGCAUUUUCAGUCCAUGCAUUUGUUUACAUGCAUGUUAUGCCAGAGUAGGAAUGUUUGCCUCUUAAGCUUCUAAUAGAGCUCCUCGAUGAGUUCUCUGUUAUUGCUAUUGUAUCAUU